GGGGCCUGCGGGCGCGGGGCGGGGGUGCGGGGGUGCGGGUCCGCGCCGCCCUGCGCGGCGGCCAUGAGGCGAGACGUGCGCAUCCUGCUGCUGGGCGAGGCCCAGGUGGGGAAGACGUCGCUGAUCCUGUCGCUGGUGGGCGAGGCGUUCCCGGACGAGGUCCCUCCGCGGGCGGAGGAGAUCACGAUCCCCGCGGACGUCACCCCCGAGAAGGUGCCCACGCGCAUCGUGGACUCCUCAGAAGCCGAGCAGACGGCGGCCGAGCUGCAGGACGAGAUCCGCAAGGCGAACGUGGUGUGUGUGGUGUACGACGUCUCCGAGGAGGCCACCAUCGAGAAGAUCUGGACCAAAUGGAUCCCGCUGGUGAACGGAGGGGCGGAGGCUGGACGCAGGGUGCCCAUCAUCCUGGUGGGCAACAAGUCGGACCUGCGGCCCGGGAGCUCCCUGGAGGCCGUGCUGCCCAUCAUGAGCCAGUUCGCUGAGAUCGAGACCUGUGUGGAGUGCUCGGCCAAGAGCCUCCGGAACGUCUCCGAGCUGUUCUACUACGCCCAGAAGGCCGUCCUGCACCCCACGGCCCCACUCUAUGACGCGGAGGCCAAGCAGCUGCAGCCCGCAUGCGCCCAGGCCCUCACGCGCGUCUUCAGGCUGUCAGAUCAGGACCUGGACCAGGUGCUCAGCGACCAGGAGCUCAACGCCUUCCAGGAGUCCUGCUUCGGCCGGCCGCUGGCCCCACAGGCCCUGGAGGACGUGAAAAUGGUGGUGAGCAGGCACGUGGCAGGCGGCGUGCGGGAGGAUGGCCUGACGCUGGAGGGCUUCCUCUUCCUCAACACCCUGUUCAUCCAGCGUGGCCGCCACGAGACCACCUGGGCCAUCCUGCGCCGCUUCGGCUACAGUGACACCCUGGAGCUCACGGCCGACUACCUCUCCCCGCCGCUGCACGUGCCCCCCGGCUGCAGCACGGAGCUCAGCCAUCUCGGCUACCAGUUUGUGCAGAGAGCAUUCGAGAAGCAUGACCAGGACCGGGACGGCGCCCUCUCGCCCGCCGAGCUGCGCAGCCUCUUCAGCGUGUUCCCCGAAGCCCCCUGGGGGCCCGGGCUCCCGAGCACGGUGCCCACCGAGGCCGGCCGGCUGCCACUGCACGGCUACCUGUGCCAGUGGACCCUGCUGGCCUACCUGGACGUGCGGCGCUGCCUCGGGCACCUCGGCUACCUGGGCUACCCCACGCUCUGCGGCCAGGACUCGCAGGCCCAGGCCAUCACAGUCACCCGUGAGAAGCGGCUGGACCAGGAGAAGGGGCAGACGCAGCGGCGCGUGCUCCUGUGCAAGGUGCUGGGGGCCCCGGGCGUGGGCAAGUCCGCCUUCCUUCAGGCCUUCCUGGGCCGCGGCCUGGGGGAGUCCCCCGCGGAGCCCCCCGCCCACGCCAUCAACACCGUGCACGUCCGUGGGCAGGAGAAGUACCUGAUCCUGUGCGAGGUGGGCACCGCCGGGCCGCCGGACGCCAGCUGCGACGUCGCCUGCCUCCUGUUCGACGGCAGCGACCCCCAGUCCUUCCUGCACUGCGCCGGCAUCUACAAGCGCCACUACGUGGACGGGCAGACGCCCUGCCUCUUCGUCUCCUCCAAGGCUGACCUGCCCGAGGGCCCCGCUGCGCCCGGCCCGUCCCCGGCCGAGUUCUGCCGGCGGCACCGGCUGCCCGCCCCGGCCCGGUUCUCCUGCACCGGCCCCGCCCUGCCCCGAGCCUCGGUCUACACUCAGCUCGCCACCAUGGCCACCUUCCCACACCUGGCCCAGGCAGAGCGGGGCCCCUCCUGCUCCUGGCUGCGGGGCUUGCUGGGCGCCCUCGGGGCUGCGGCGGUCGCCAUCCUCAGCUUCUCGCUGUACAGAGUCCUCAGGAGCCGAUGAGCCCCCACCCGAGCUCGGCUCCCGCUGAGGCCCAGCAGGACUGUGGGGCCAGGCCGCGGCCCGCAGGCUGCCGAGUGGGCCUCCCGUGGG